AUGUUCUUAUUCAUUAUCGUGGUGGCUGUUGUGCUCUGUGUCAUCAUACUUUAUCUUCCAUAUGCAGCUGGAUUGACAACUGUGGAGAAACAGGCACGCAAAACAUCAGAGCAGGAGAAAGCCUCACAAACGGCCAACCAAUACUCCGGCUACCUCCCUCCCGAUGAGGAAUUGAAACUUCAACAAGAAGCUGCGUCUAAGGGCCAGACAAGUGCAUUAAAAAACAAAAUGAAAGUCACGAGCGAAAGCUUACCUAUCCACAUCAAGUUAAAUCAAGAUGGCGUUUUGAGAAAAAGAACCGAGCGUAGCGUGGGCGAUCUCAAUCCAAACAAUUACGACUACGAUCUUGAUGAGUUGAUCAAAGAAGAAACCGAGGGAGAGGCACAGCGGAAGGCGCAGGAGUUUUAUGCAAAGCAGAAGCUUGGAGGUGAUAAAGAGGCCAUGGUCUAA